AUGUCACAUACUGCCUCCAAAAAUGUUGAGUCUGAAUUCAGGCGCCCGGACCGAAGCUUCCCCGACAGCGAAGAAGAAUUAUUAGAGAUGGAGAGAUCGGUGGGACACGUCUACAAGGACAUGGACCCCAUCGAAAUGUGGCCGAGAGCCGGCUUACGGCCUGACUGGUGGCCGCUACAAAGUGCUGGAGAAUGGCCGUUUGAAAAGUCAGAAGAAGACUAUGCUCGUGUUGUGUCCGCAGAUGAGGAGUUACUGCAGCUUAUCAAGUUGUUGACUACACGAGAUACGCCUCAUGAACGAUCCACUAAUCUCGCUCAGCUAGCAGAAUGGGAGAUUGCAUUGGAUGGUGGCCAAAGACCGACACGAAAGAAACCAGAACAAGGUGGUUCAACGCCUAGCGGGGAGUCGGGGGAAACUUCUAGCUCGCAGGUCAAAAGGCGAAAGGUAUCGUCAUAUGGGAGAACGAAUGCUCGCUGGAAGCGCUAG